AUGGCGCUGCUCCAGCUGUACAGCUCCGGGCUGAUUUUCACACCACAAAAAGCAUUGAAUAGAGGGAAUUUCGUGAGAAAUCCUCCUGGUUGGUUAUCCAAAGGCCCAAAAGUGGAAGAGACUUGGAGUCCAGAAUUGCAAACCGUGGGGGGCCUUUCUCAUUGGGUUUGGUCUGUCGCUUUUUCACAAGACGGCCAGCUUCUAGCAUCUGGCUCCGAUGACAAAACUAUCAAACUCUGGGAUCCCACCACUGGCGCCCUCAAGCAUACUCUGGUGGGCCAUUCUGAUUCAAUUCUAUCAGUCGCCUUCUCACAAGAUGGCCAGUUUCUUGCAUCUGGCUCUGAUGACGAAACUAUCAAGCUCUGGGAUCCUACCACUGGCGCCCUCAAGCAUACUCUAGAGGGCCAUUCUGAUUCAAUUCUGUCAGUCGCCUUCUCGCAAGAUGGCCAGUUUCUAGCAUCCGGCUCUCACGACAAAACUAUUAAGCUCUGGGAUCCCACCACUGGCAACCUCAAGCAUACUUUGGAAGGCCAUUCUGAUUGGGUCCGAUCAGUCGCCUUCUGGAAAGAUAGCCAGCUUCUAGCAUCUGGCUCUGAUGACAAAACUACCAGGCUCUGGGAUCCCACCACUGGCGCCCUCAAGCAUACUCUAGAGGGCCAUUCUGAUUCAAUUCGGUCAGUCGCCUUCUCACAAGAUGGUCAGCUUCUAGCAUCUGGCUCCGACGACGAAACUGUCAAGCUCUGGGAUCCCACCACUAGCUUCCUCAUGCAGACUCUAGAGGGCCAUUCUGAUUCAGUUUGGACAGUCGCCUUCUCACAAGAUGGCCAGCUUCUAGCAUCCGGCUCUCGUGAUAGAACUAUCAAGCUCUGGGAUCCUGCCAUUGGGGCUGUCAAGCAUACUCUGGAAGGUCAUUCUGAUUGGGUUCGGUCAGUCGCUUUCUCGCAAAAUAGCCGGUUUCUUGCAUCCGGCUCUUACGACAAAACUAUUAAGCUCUGGGAUCCCACCACUGGCAACCUCAAGCAUACUUUGGAAGGCCAUUCUGAUUGGGUCCAAUCAGUCGCGUUCUCUCAAAAUAGUUCUGGGAUCUCACCACUGGCGCCUUCAACGUACUCUGGGUGUUGGCGGUAUUAA